CAACAGGGACCAGGGAGACGCUGAUCUGACACUGCAGCACAGAUUUCUGAAAUGGAGAACGUUUCACAAAGCCCCUGGCCUCUCAAUGGAUCCUCCGGGCUCCCCUCUUCUAGUCGUGUUGAGGGCUACACCAAGGUCAUCGUGUCCACCUCCUUGGCGCUCAUCAUGUGCGUUGGCACGAUGGGAAACCUCCUUCUCCUCCUGGUUUUAAUAGACAGUAAGAGACGGCGUCUCGGCCCCAUCAACAAUCUGACCAACAUGUUCAUCAUUAACAUCACGGUGUCGGAUCUCUUCCUUCUCCUCUACAACAUCCCCGUGGCGUUUUUCAAGAAGGUCUUUGAGGGCUGGCGCUGGGGCGCUGUGGUGUGCGUCUCCCAUUCGGCGCUCACCACCCUCACCAUAUUCAGUAGUUUCUACAGCAUGGUGGCUAUCGCCGUCCUCCGGUUCAUCGCGGUGGUCUAUCCCAUGCACUCGCUGGCCCUCACGCAAAAACACGGCUUUGUAAUGAUUCUCAUUUGGGGGGCCGCGUUCGUUAUAAGCAUCCCUUCGUGGAUGUGCCACAAAUUAGUCGAUAGAGACGGUGCAGAAACCUGCGUGAACACCAUGGAGCCGCGCCAGUGGUUACUUUAUCUAACUUUAAUAGGCGGUAUCUGCUUUUUCCCACCUAUGCUUCUCAUGAUCACGUUGUACACCAAAAUUAUCUACUCGCUGUGGCACAGAGAGGCCGUGACAGCCAACGUGACGCUCCAGAUGAACAGAAACGCCACCGUUAUGAUUCUAACAGUCCUGGUGGUUUUUGUGGUCAUGUGGAUCCCUUGCUGGGUGAUUGUGUUUUGUUUGGCAGCUCAGCGGUUGUCUCACUUCGAGUCUUCAUUUCUAAUCAACGACCUCGCUGUGCUGCUUUCUUACUCAAACACCUGCGUGAAUCCGAUCAUUUUUUUCUCGUUCUCUGACCAGUACAAGCAGGCGCUUAAGAGAAUGGUCAAAAGGUGCCGCAGAAACAACGCGCCGCCUCCCCAAAAAUUCAAUUGCAUUGCGACGCCAGAACGCGGCGCGCUGUCAAAACUGUGAAAGGCUACAUUAAAAAUCGACUUACCUGAGUGAAAAACCGCGACUUUAAAAAGUAUAUAAUAACAACAUUGAAUUAAAACAUUGGAGAUUUAUAAAUAAUCAUACAAACGGCUGUGUUCCUCACACGAACUUAAAAGGCUAAACUUGGCUGGUGGCACUUCCAAGAUAAUAAAUAAAUUAAUAGAUAACCAUGGUCCAGGAAGUCAAACAGAAAAUGAAUUAUUAAACGCAUAAAAUGAGAAUUAUUAAAAGAAGUAAUCUAUAUGUUUCUUUGUUUUAUAUAAUACAUUACUGUGCGUCAACUUGCUGGGCACACGGCUACAGUUUUGUGCGUCAAAAAAGUGACUACCAAAUAGAAAAGCCGUUUAACAAUUAAAAAAAUGAAGUCUUUCCCGGGACGUCCGGUAACUCCAUACAUUGA